UAUAAAUUGCCGCAGUGCCGUAUUUCUCUCUUUCGUGGUGAUUUAGUCCAAACCCCAAUGCGGUCUGAACAAACUGCCCAGGGCCGUCAAACGAGAGAGCCAUCGCGCACAGGACCGUCUUAUUUACAAUGAAGGAGAGAAGAAUCAGCCAGCCUUUGGUAAUGCGUUGUAAACUGGUUUUAGUUGGAGACGUGCAGUGCGGGAAAACUGCAAUGUUGCAAGUCUUGGCCAAAGACUGUUAUCCUGAGACAUACGUCCCAACAGUGUUUGAAAACUACACUGCUGGACUGGAAUUAGAGGAGCAGCGCGUGGAGCUUAGUUUAUGGGACACGUCAGGUUCACCAUAUUAUGAUAACGUCAGGCCUCUCUGCUACAGUGAUGCAGACGCUGUUCUGCUCUGCUUUGAUAUAAGUCGCCCUGACACCGUCGAAAGCUCUCUGAAAAAGUGGAAAGCCGAAAUCAUGGAUUUCUGCCCCAGUACUCGAAUAAUCCUAGUCGGCUGCAAGACAGACCUGCGUACAGAUGUUUGCACACUGAUGGAGCUGUCCAAUCAGAGACUGACGCCCAUCUCCCAUGAGCAGGGCACCUUGUUGGCGAAGCAGGUAGGAGCGGAGGUGUACCUGGAGUGCUCUGCAUUCACAUCGGAGAAGAGCAUUCACAGCGUGUUCCGCUCAGCAGCACUCACAUGCCUCAACAAACUACAGCCCCCCAUAAAGCAAAGCCCCACCCGCCGGCUCUCUAAACGCCUCCUUCACCUGCCCAGCAAGGCAGAGCUCCUGACCUCCUCCUUCAGCAAGGAGAGAACCAAGAGCUGUUGCAUCAUGUGAGCCCCACGUGCGCCACUCCAGCUCCAGAAAACGCAUUUUCGCUCUUCGAGAGGGUUGGUUGGGGGGGGUUUGAGAGAAGGGGAGGUCAUGACCUUUCAUGACCCCUCCUUCUCUAUACACUUAAGUUGUUCUUCUUCCAUUCUGACACCCCACCUGCAAACACACUCAUCCCUACGACAAAGAGCUGCUGCCAUUGUUCAAGGUUUUUGGCUGUUACACAUCCUAAUGCUAAAGUAUCGAUUGAUUUCUCUUUACAUGAACUGCAUUUUGUAUUAAUGAUCAAUCAAUCAGACAAAGAAGGAAACGCAGUGUAUAUUGGACACUGUUGAAUAUUUUUGUGGGUAGUCUUAUUUGUUAGUGUGCACACAUGUAUGGGAAUGUGGGUUGAGCUGUGAACGUAAUUUAAUAUUUAAGGGGAAGAGGAUGUGUUACACAGUACGCACUUUAAUGAACAUGGAUGUGAUUGUUGAUUGGAAAGUGAGAGGAUGAUUGAAUACAGGUUGGCAUUAGUUGCUGUUUCAAAACAGAAUUAUGCAUUGCUUGUACUUGCUUGUCUCUGGCACUGAUCUACAAGGAAUCAAAAUAUCACGUCAUUCUGUUAGAAGCGUGAGGGGAGGAGCCAAACAAGAUUUUAUGUCCUCCUGAAAAAGGAGGACAGUGUUAUAAAUCUUGCUAGAUGAAGCAUCCAAUCACAUUUGUACAAUCCAGAUGUAUUGGACAUGCUGACACACUCUUUCACUUUCUCUCUCAUCCCUACUGUAGUCCUUCAUGUGCUUUCUGCCUCUAGAGAAUGGGUCAUAAAUCUCAGUCAAUGAGGAGAAGCCCAGCAUUGCCUGGGCCAUUUCUCUGUAUAGAGCAGGAGUUAUUGCCACAAAGACCCCUUCCAGAUGUUCCAGGCAUUCUUUUUUUAGAAAAUAAAAUCCUUCACUGAAGUAAUUUUAGAGAUGGACUGGGAAGGUCACGGGGGAUUACUAAGGGACAUUGCAGUCCACCAAAACUGAUCAAUGUUGCAUAAGCGAGAGGACAAUUUUAAUGCGCCAGUUGAUUUUUCUUCUACAGUAGUCUUAAAAUCUGCCCCAAUGGCUAAUUUUUAUUAACGGGCCUGUAAAAAGCUGAUUUCUCUUGUUAAGUGGUGAAGCUACUGGUUAUUCUCUGGACUGGGCAUUAGAUUACAUUGUAAUUUCAGUGAUUCUGAUGCAUUCGGUUGGAUCACUGUCACAGAGGACUCUCAUCGUAAACCUCAUUCUGGUAAUCUCUGUCUUAAAUCCCACAACCCCUGGUUGUGUAAUGCUUAAUCGUAAAAACAACUAAAUCCUCACUUUGGGCUUAUAAAUGGCUGAGUAGAAAUGAAAUAAGUCAGACGAGACAGCAUUACUAAGAAUCUGACCUCAGAAUUACUGGUCCAACUCAAGUAGUUCAUCAAAUAUAAUAUGAUCAAAGAAAUUGUUUGGGGAAUAACUUACACUACCGUUUAAAAAUUUGGGGUCAGUAAAGGCCAACUCACUGCACCGACAAAUUACAGUACGUCAUUUCUCAGACAUUCCAAGAUCCGACAAGCAGAGAUUCAACAUGUUCAAUCGGCGAAAGCCAGAGUAGACCAAUACCGACAGACGGCGACAGGGGUAACACACUUAUCCGACAAAACCCGACAAAGUGUCUGUUUCGUCUGUCAGCAUCUAUUGGUGCAGUGUGAAUCAAUUGGCCUGAAGAGUUUUUUUUUUUUUUUAAAGAAGUCAAUCUUUUUAUUCAGCAAGGAUGCAUUAAAUUGAUCAAAAGUGACAGUGAAGACAGUAAUGUUACAAAAGAUUUCUAUUUCAAAUAAAUGCUGUUCUUUUGAACUUUCUAUUCAUCAAAGCAUCUUGAAGAACAUGUUUUAUCGCUUCCACAAAAAUAUUCAGCAGCAGAACUGUAUUCAACAUUGAUAAUAAUAAAUGUUUAUUAAGCAUCAAAUCAGCAUGUUAGAAUGAUUUCUGAAGGAUCAUGUGACACUGAAGACUGGAGUAAUGAUGCUGAAAAUUCAGCUUUACCAUCAAAGCAAUAAUAGAGAACAGUUAUUUUUAAUUGUAAUAAUACUUUUGAUCAAAUAAAUGCAGCCUUGGUGAGCACAAGAGACCAAAAGGUUGUGUAUGUUUGAACUUAGUUUUCAAAUUUGGUCUUACAUUUCUUUUUCUUUCUUUUUUUUAAUUAACAUCAACCCAAAAUGUUGUGAAAACUCAGUCACAACACCUGAAGAAUGAGAGUGAAAAUACUGUACAUAAAAAAAGGUCUUGCCUUAACUGCACCUACAUUAUAUCUACAAUAUUACAACUAUAUUAUAUCAUUAUAUCAUUUACUUUGUAAACUCUUAUCUGAAAGGAACUUUAGGAGUUUGUUCAAACAUCAACCUGCAUCACUAAAUGCUACAGUACAUACCAAUCACCGUUGCUUAGCAACAGACAAGUCAGUUAAGCUGGACUACAUGUCUGAAAACCACUCGAGAUAAGUUGAAAGAGAGAAACAGGGUGUAAACAAAGUGAAAAUAAGGACAAGUUUUCUCACUGUAGCAUAACAAAUGGCUUUUUCAUGGCUAUAGUUUAUAGUUCAAUACAUGAGUCAACUUACAGACCAUCAUCUUGAUAUAAAUUUGUUACUGUUGUCUGGUUUAGUAGCACUCUUAUAUGUUAUAUGUUUGGUGGUCCUCCACAAUCUUCCUUUUGUUACUUAAGUCUGGACGUACAUAUGUUGUGCAUAAUCAGUUUUGUACAGCCCUUUAAAUGAUGUCUGCAAACAAUUUCAAAACAGACAGUAUGAUUGUGUGUGCUAUGUAAUGUGUAACUUAUUAAUGGUUGAUUAUUGCGGUUCUGUUUUAUUCUUCAGUUUCAGACAGUCUAUUUUAUAUUGAAUAUUGGUUAUUUUCCCUCGUCUUUGGUGUCAUGUGUCACUCUUAAAUUAAUUAAAACCUGGAUUUGGUCAGUAAA